AGAGAUCUGGAAGCAAGCAGGACGGAUAUUCUGACACCGGGGACUGGCCGCUAAAGGAAGGGAAAAAUGGUCAAGGAAACCAAGCAGGCCGGGUACGUGGGGUGACGGCAAGGAGAGUCCACAGCCAGCAGCUGCCGAGCAGCCCUGCACCUUAUGAUCGGACAUAGAGCCGGCGGGAGAGCGAGGACGCGCCGGGCACUGUGUGCUGGCCCCGCUGGGGCGCAGGGGUGACAUGUCCCACGAGCGGCCACCGCGCAAUGACAUCCCCCGCAACCUGAGCUUUAUAGCAGCAUUGACCGAGCGCGCGUACUACCGCAGCCAGCGGCCCAGCCUCGAGGAGGAGUCGGAGGAGGAGCCGGGGGAGGGCGGGACCCGGCCGGGCGCCCGUUCGCGGGCUCACGUUCCGGGUCGGGGGCGCAGGGCCCGCUCUGCGCCCGCGGGUGGCGGCGGGGCGCGGACAGCCCGCAGCCGCAGCCCUGACACUCGCAAGAGAGUGCGUUUCGCCGACGCGCUGGGGUUGGAGCUGGCUGUGGUCCGCCGCUUCCGCCCGGGGGAACCGCCCCGGGUGCCCCGCCACGUGCAGGUGCAACUGCAGAGGGACGCCCUGCGCCACUUCGCGCCGUGCCCGCCGCGCACCCGCGGCCUCCAGGACGCGCGAAUCGCCCUGGAGCCAGCCCUAGAGCCCGGCUUCGCCGCCCGGCUGCAGGCGCAGCGCAUCUGCCUGGAACGCGCAGACGCGGGCCCUCUGGGCGUGGCCGGGAGCGCGCGCGUGCUGGACCUGGCCUACGAGAAGCGCGUGAGCGUGCGCUGGAGCGCGGACGGCUGGCGCAGCCUGCGGGAAUCGCCCGCCUCCUACGCCGGUCCUGCCCCGGCCCCGCCGCGGGCUGACCGCUUCGCCUUCCGCCUGCCUGCGCCUCCGGUCGGCGGUGCCCUGCUCUUCGCCCUUCGCUACCGGGUUACGGGCCGCGAGUUCUGGGACAACAACGGCGGCCGUGACUACGCGCUCCUUGGGCCCGAGCACCCUGGCGGUGCCGGAGCUGCGGAGCCCCAGGGCUGGAUCCAUUUUAUUUGA